GCGGGCAGGGCGGGGCCCGACGGACGCCAUGGAAGCCGGCGGCGGGCGACGAGCAGUGGUGGUGGGCGCGGGCCUGGCGGGGCUGGGGGCGGCUGGGCGGCUUCGCGGCCUCAGCUCCCUCCGCCUGCUGGAGGCAGCGGCAAGCGCCGGGGGCCGCGUCUGCACCCGCCCCUUCGCAUCGGGGCUGGCAGAGAUGGGGGCACACUGGAUCCACGGCCCCUCACCAGAGAACCCUGUCUUCCACCUGGCCACCCACUAUGACCUGCUGGGCCCCGAGGCUGCCCAGGAGGAGAACCAGAGGGCAGAGGCAGGGGGCCAUCCCCCACUGCCCUCCAUCACCUAUGGCAGCUCAGGGAAGGUACUGAACUCGCAGGUGGUGAGCAAAGCCCGUGACCUCUUUGAUGCCCUCCUGGCCUCCGCUCGUGCUUUUCUGGGGGCCAAGGAGCUGCCAGCACCCAGCGUAGGACACUAUCUCCGGGCAGAGAUUGCCCAAAGGGUCCCCACUUUGGGAGGGGGCGAUGAGGAUACCCGGCAGCUUCAGCUGGCUGUCCUUGCCGCUUGCCUCAAGCUGGAAUGUUGCAUCAGUGGGACCCACAGCAUGGACCUGGUGGCCCUGGAGCCCUUUGGGGAGUACGUCUCCUUGCCUGGGCUGGACUGCACCUUCCCAGGUGGCUACAGCAGCUUGCCCAAUCGAUUGCUCUCGGCUCUGCCAGAAGGCACCGUCAUGCUCAACAAGGCCGUGAGAUCCAUCCAGUGGCAAGGGGCCUUCUACGAGGAAGGGGACAAUGCCAGAGAUUUCCCUGUCCGGGUGGAGUGUGAGGAUGGAGAUGCCUUCCUUGCUGACCAUGUCAUCAUCACUGUCCCACUGGGUUUCCUCAAGGAAUGCCACCAGGACUUCUUCCAGCCUCCUUUGCCUGAGUGGAAGGCAGAGGCCAUCCACCGCCUGGGUUUCGGCACCAACAACAAGAUCUUCCUGGAGUUCGAGCAGCCUUUCUGGGAACCCCAGCAGCAGCUCCUUGAAGUGGUGUGGGAGGAUGAGUCACCCCUUGAGGAACCCAGCACCAACCUGGAGGCCAACUGGUUCAAGAAGCUUGCUGGAUUUGUGGUCCUCCAGCCACCUGAGCAGCACGGGCACGUCCUCUGCGGCUUUAUUGCGGGGAAGGAGUCAGAGUACAUGGAGACAUUGAGCGACACACAAGUCCUUGGCACCAUGACGCGCGUGCUGCGCACGCUAACAGGCAACCCAUCCUUGCCCGCUCCCAGAAGCAUGCUCAGGUCCCAGUGGCACAGCACCUCCUACACCCGGGGCUCCUACAGCUACGUGGCUGUUGGCAGCUCAGGGGAUGACAUUGACAUGCUGGCUCAACCUCUGCCUGAGGAUCCCAAGGACCCCAAGGUAAUUGCUUUAGGCCCAGGGGAUGCAGUGGCUAGGGGGGAGGCAGGUCCUUCUGUUCAUGGGCACAGACUGGAGUGGAAACUGAACACCCCCAGCCUUGAGGAGCACAAAGAGGUGGUAUUCCCCAAUCCCAUGCCCUUUAUGGGCCACCAACUCACCCCCCAUAGCUCUUCCUGCUAGCUUUAUGAGAGGGGGGGAACGCCAUUUCCAUAAAAUUUGGAGACACAUAGCUCAUUCCAAUCACUCUUCAGCAUCCUCACAACACAGAGUGAGCCUCGAAGGAAGGGAUGCUGCCCACUCAGUCUGCAUCCCUGGGGUGCCAAAGGGCUGAGACGGGAGACUGGUGUAGUACAACCCAAUGUUCUUGAGGAGUCGGGGGAGGCGGCAGGUCGCCAGCAUUCACCUCCCACCUUUGCCACAGCCUUUGCAGCUCCUCUUCGCCGGCGAGGCUACCCACCGCACCUUCUACUCCACCACUCAUGGGGCCCUGCUGUCGGGCUGGCGAGAGGCCGAACGGCUCAAUCAGCUCUUCGAGGCACUCAGCCUCACUCUUCAGCUCUGAGGCAAGCAAAUAAAACCCCUGCUUCGUGGGCCGUUGCCUGAA